GGGGCAGGGGGCGACGGAGGAGCUGCAGGCGGCUGCACCCCGCCUGGCGGAGCGACUGCUGCCGCUGUGCGCACCCGAGCACCUCGGGCUGCUGGCGGGUGUCUACUCGCGCGCCGGUUGCUUCCCGCCCGCCCUCACCGCCGCGCUGCUGCCGGCUGCCCGCGCCGCCGCGCCCCGCCUGCCUCCCCUGGCAGUCUCCCAGCUCGCCCUCUUCGCCGCCUUUGGCAGCACCCCACCCGCACCGCCCGCACCAGGCCCCACCGCAUGGGGUGAGCCCGCAGCCGCCGCCAUUGCGGGGCGCCCGGGCUCGGCCCCCAUGUCAGGGCUCUCAGCAGCCGCCGU